AUGACGAUUCUACCCCUCAAAGAUCUAACCUUCUGGCUCUCAGACCACCCGUCCAUCGCCCGAUUCCGAUGGGGCCCCACCGACACAUGGGGGGCAACCUGGUCAUUUUUAGCCACCGCCAUCGCCGCCCACAUUGCCGCCGCCACAUCCCUCCACCUCCUCCUCCGCCUCCUCCGCCGCCGGCGGCCGGUCCAAGUGGGCCCCAUCCCGGCCCUCCACAGCCUCUCCAUCUCCCUCGUCUCCGCCGCCACCUCUGCCGGCGUCCUCCUGUCCGCCGCCGCCGAGAUCCGAGACACGCGGUGGCUCUGGCGCCGGCACCGGACACCUUUCCAGUGGCUCCUCUGCUUCCCCCUCGGGACCCGCCACUCGGGAAGAAUCUUCUUCUGGUCCUACAUAUUCUACCUCUCCCGAUUCCUCCACGCCCCACGAACGCUCCUCGUCAUCCUAAAAAAUCCCCAGAAAUUCCCGGGUUUUCAGGUCCUCAACCAUUCUGUACUGAUGUGCACCUCGUUCGUGUGGCUCGAGUUUUCGCAGUCCUUUCAAGCGCUCGCCGUUUUCUCCACGGUGGCUGUACUCGCCUUGGUGCACGGCUACAGAUUUGGCGUCGAGGCAGGGUUUUGGCGGGAAAAGGCGGCGCCUUUCUCGUUUGUGGCGCUUUGUCGGGUGAUUUUGGUGACGGCAAGCAUGGCUUGGCAUUUGGGGGUUGUUAUUUUGCACUUUUGGAAAGGCGGGUGUAAUGGGAUGGGAGCUUGGGCUUUUAAUGCGGUGCUUAAUGGCUUUGUGCUUUUUCGCGCGCUCGGAUAUGCGAUGCAUGUAAAGCAAUUGCACUGCAGAAAGGAUUAA